AUGUCGAGGCCGGACGAGCCACGCCCGCGCAAGAAGCGGGAGGUCUGGGUCCAACUGGUCGAUGAGAGGACUUGCCGCGCGUUCACAGAUAUGAGUACGCAGCUGGUGACUUUACCCGAGGAUGCCGAGUGCAUCGCCGAAGUAAGCCAAGCUGUCCAAGGAAUGUACAACCACGAGCAACCAGAGGGUAAAAACCACUUGGCCCAAGUGCCGUCAGUUCUUCUUAUGGUUUACGAGAAUCGAGAGGCGUAUCUUGCCAAGAAGGACCCGUUUCGGGGAGAUGAAGACAUCGGGGACUAUGGCGAAUCGAUGGAAUCUCCUCUCGUCGUGGAGGUGGCGAAAGAGCGGUUCAGCGUGGCGCUAAAUGAGGACAAUGAACUCAGGAGAGUUGGUGCCAUGAUCGAGUAUUCUUGCGGAAGUAGGGAUGGAGUUCCUUCCGACUGCAGAAGUUAUCGAGCGGACACCGUCAAGCGCUUGUACUACCUUCUCUUUCCUGCUGAAGAGACGAGCUACCUGCCGCUGCUCCUCGUCAGCGCGCCACCGAUGUCUGGCAAGACGGCCAUGCUCCAUCUGAUGAACAACUAUAUACCCAAGGUACGAGUUGCUUUCCUCCAAGCGGACAGAAUGAAGCUGGGGGAGACAAUCUCCAAGUACUUCAGCCGGUUGUACAAGCGCGACCUGGAACAGUUCUGUGAGAACGGCUCCGAGACAGUGAUGCUAAUUGAUGAAGCCCAAAUUACGUAUGAAGACCGUGAUUUUUGGAUUGGAAUCGUCAAAUAUGCGUUACGGCAGCGGUAUCGGACACGCUUCGUCAUGUUCUGCUCGUAUGGAUGUGAAGAGGUCGUUUCCUGGAGUCGUAAAUGGAGAAGCCCGCUAAAGAUUCCACGUGAAGGGUGUAUCACAUUGAACUCUUCACUAUCGAAGCCCGGCCUGAGACUUUCACUUGCAGAACUGGAGGACAUGGCAUGUAGCUGCAGCCUCGGUAAAGGUGUGUGCGACUUCAUCUUGCAGCUGGGCUCCGGUCAUGCUGGAAUUGCUCACGCGAUGUUGAGGUUUUUGCGUGAUGAGGAGAUUUCCGAAGAAGAAGACGUACUUCGAGCUCUCCAGUCGAAGAAGCUGAUUGAGUACAUCUGCCGUACGUGCCGUGAAAUACCGACCGUCGAAGCCGUUGAUAAUAUGAUCAAAACGGAGAAACUAUCGGGCGAGACAGUGAAAAGAGUGCUGGACGACGUCGCUUCUGGCGUUAUGGUGGGGUCAUCGCCUUCAAUUUGUGAUACUUCUGAGCUUUAUCAAGCUCUCCGCAGCUUUGCUCGCUAUCUAAGCUUCACCUCAAGAUCUGGUUGUAUUCGAGCCAAGCUAGCCCAGGACCGCGGCUAG